CCGUCCAUCACGAGCACAAGCCGAGCAUAACGCCAGUCCGGAUUCUCCUAUCUUGUCCUGUGUCCUCUCCCCCACCUCGUCUCCGCUCUGCUGCUUCCGCUCUCACCCAAUCAUCCGCCCAGCCAUGGCGACAACGGCUCUCCUCCUUCCCACCCUCGCCUCGCCCACGGCCAGGCACCGCCACCACGGGUUGCUCCAGCAUCAGCUCCAGCGCGGCUUCCUCGCCACCCGGGCCCUCCGGCCGCCACGCCGGAGGCUCACGGUCUCGGCCGUGCAAGAGACGAAGGAGGUGCGGGCCAAGAAAGCCGAGGAGAUCACCGAGAAGUACGGCCUCGAGUUCGGCCUCUGGAAAAUAUUUAGCUCCAAGGAGGAGGAGGAGGGAGGCGAGGGAGCUGAGGGGAAGAAGUCGAGGACCGACCAGGCCAAGGAGCUCCUGGCCAAGUAUGGGGGCGCGUACCUGGCCACCUCGAUCUCGCUCUCGCUCGUCUCCUUCACCCUCUGCUACUUCCUCAUCAGCGCGGGCGUCGACGUGCGGGAGCUGCUAGCCAAGGUCGGGAUCGCGACGGGCGAGACAGGAGGGAAGGUCGGGACGUUCGCGCUGGCCUACGCCGCGCACAAGGCGGCGUCCCCGAUCAGGUUCCCGCCGACGGUGGCGCUGACGCCCGUCGUGGCCAGCUGGAUUGGCAAGAUCAGGAAGGGCGGCGACUGAUGCGCCUGUGAAGGCGGAAGGGAAACAACAAGUAUGGGCCAGAAGAUAUCUUCCACAAGUAACAAUGAUGCAAAGUACGAGGAUAAAAAAGAAAUCAUGAUACUUGAAAAAUUCAAGAGUACGCACUGCACUUCAUAACUGACUAAACUUUUGAUAAAGUCAAAAGGUUAGAAUUAGAUGUUCUCAGUUCACUGAUAUGAUUAUGGAUUGCAUCACCUUGUAUAGGAGUUUAUUUAUAUAAAAAAGCUAAACUUCAUACAAUUGUAAUCAAACUUACAUCAACAUCUGAUGGAUUAAUCUUCCUCAUAGCUCCUUCAAAAUCAUAUGAAGCAUUUAGAUC